AUGAGAAAUGCUCAUGAGCAAUUCACAACAGGAGAACUAGCCUUGUUUAUUGGAGCGACAGUGAAUUCUUUUGGCUCAAGAGGGAUUCACAUAAGUCAUUUGGAGACGAGGGCGGAAAAGUCAGGACAAGGUUGGGACUUACUGGCUGACUGCGAUGCCACUAAAGAGCAGCUGAUCGCAGCUGCUACAGAUCUCGUCCAGAACCUCGACAGUCUCACUGGAAUCGCUCUCUAUCGGAAGGAUGAGGUUGCAGAUGUUCCAUGGUUUCCACGGCACAUUGCGGACCUGGACAAUUGCUCGCAUUGUAUAACAAAAUACGACCCCACUACCGACUCACGCCAUCCGGUAGGAUUUCUGUAG